AUGUUGACCCAAGACGCCAAAAUGAAAGCAGCCGCCGACGAGCGAGCCUUAUUGACUGCCCGAGUCAUCCCAAAGAUGACAUUAUCCACAGGCUCCAAUCCUCUCACCCGCCCUCUAGCUCCUGUAGCCACGACAUCUGCGCGCGAGCGAGCAGAAGCCCGAUUCCAAGUCCACGGAAAAGCCGUAGUGACAGGCGGGGCAGGAGGACUCGGGUUAAUCUCCGCGCAGGCUUUGCUCGAACACGGACUGUCCGCGCUAUGUAUCAUGGAUCUACCGGGGACUCUGGAGACGUCGCACAAGCAGAUCGAAGAUCUUAAAGAUAUGUUCCCUUCUGUGGUGAUAACCGGUAUUCCGUUGGAUGUUACGUCCACAGAAUCGAUCCAAGCUGCAUUCGAGCAUGCAGACAACACUAUGGGAGGAAUUGAUGUCCUCUGUUGCUUUGUUGGGAUCACGGGAACCCAGCCAUCACUCUCGGUCACGCCGGAUCAAUUCAACAGAGUGAUGGACGUCAAUCUCAAUGGGUCGUUUUUCUGCGCCCAAGCAGCGGCAAAGAUCAUGGAAUCAUCCGGGAAAGGCGGCUGCAUUGUAUUCACUGCGUCUAUAUCGGCACACUUGAUCAACUUCCCACAACCACAGGCUGCCUACAAUGCCAGUAAGGCUGGUGUCAUACAUAUGACACGUAGUCUGGCUGCUGAGUGGGCUGUGCAUGGGAUUCGAGUGAAUAGUAUCAGUCCGGGGUAUAUGGAUACUAUCCUGAAUGCUGGAGAUAAUUUGGCGGAUCUUAGAAAAAUUUGGAAUUCUCGCUGUCCUAUGGGCCGUAUGGGAGAUCCCGAAGAGCUCACUGGGGCUGUUGUUUUGCUGUGUAGCCAGCGUGCUGGUCGGUAUAUUACUGGCGCUGAUAUUCUUGUUGAUGGUGGUACUUUGACAUUAUAA